UCGAUAUUUUCAUCAAGUAUCAGUAUUAUUUAUUUUUGUUAGGAAAAUGACUGAUUAAACUAUGUUUUUGUAGUAAUAAAUGGAACAUCAAUCUGAAAUGGGGGCCUACGGGGAAAAUCCGAAUGUUCAAAACAGUGGGAAUUACAUUACAAUCAUCCCCGUAGAUUAUUCGCGUCGUGGUUAUCCUAUGCAAGCAGAGUAUCAAUACAAUGAAUUUAGGUCGCGGGAAGAGUAUUACAGCGUUCAAAGCCAGAAAUUGCAGGCAGAAGUCAAUGCACACUUAUAUUCAGUGUCCCAAAGGCUGCCUCACCUCACAUACAGCCCCCUGGGACGGCACAACGAGUGGGACAAGCAUGACCCGCACAAACCCUUGCCAGACUCCAAAGAGAGCAAUAGCUCGGACUCGCUGGAGAAAAGUGUUAUGGGGUCAAACCUCAGCAGCUGCUCUAACCAGACGGGUUCCAGCAGCAUCGCCGCUGGCUCCUUCAGUACAACGGAGCCCAUCACGAGUGGCGGCAGUUCCUCCAGCGCUAUAUCCCCGCCUCUGCCUGGGUCAUCAGGCAGCACAGCCUCUUCGUCCAGCGUGACCUCAAACCCUGUGACAUGCGUGUACCUCAUGUCCAAAACCGCCAUAAUGAUAGAGAUGAGCUCAGAGGAAGUUCCCUCAUGCGUGACGGCUUCCAGGUUCCUUAAUGCCACCCUGGCUACUGAGGAACUGGGUCUGACGCAGCCCAGUGCAAGGAGUCUGGCAGCGAACGUCUUUGCUUUGUGGAUGUGCAGUCCAUUGUUGGAAAUCCAGCUCAAGCCGCACCACUGCCCUUGGAAGAUCUGGGCGAGCUGGCAGAAGUUGUUACAGCGGUACGGACACGGCUCGGAGACGCGGAAGGCGCGCGACCAGCCCGUCUUGAGGCUGCAGAGGAACGUGUUCUUUCCGAAGCAUUUAGAAGAGGGCAUCAAGGACUCCCGCAUCCAAGAGCUGCUAUACGAAGAGGCGCGGCACAAUGUAGUGACUGGCCGCUACCCGCUGGAAAGCGCGCAGGCCGUGAUGCUGGGCGGGCUGCAGGCGCGCAUCCAACUCGGGCCUUACGAUCCACACCGGCACACGGCUAAGUUCUUCAGAGAGCAACAAGACAAGUAUUUACCACAGCACGCGCGCUCGGGGCGUUGGGCGCGGCUACUCCCCGCGGGCCGCAAGCGGAGCCCCGAGGCGAAGUUACUGGAACAAGCGCAACGCCCCGCCGCCGCUCCACCUCGUAAAUUGCGUCACAAGUACCUGGCACAUGCUCGUACGCACGCUACCUACGGGGCGGCGUUCUUUCAAGGGCAGAUCGAGCAGCCGGUUCGCAGCCUAACCAGCUUGCUCACGCACGAAGACAUCCCCGUGCUCGUGGCCGUCAACGCGACCGGCGUCUACGUCAUCGACGACACCGAGAGCGACAUCCCCGUGCUCGUGGCCGUCAACGCGACCGGCGUCUACGUCAUCGACGACACCGAGAGCGACAUCCCCGUGCUCGUGGCCGUCAACGCGACCGGCGUCUACGUCAUCGACGACACCGAGAGCGACAUCCCCGUGCUCGUGGCCGUCAACGCGACCGGCGUCUACGUCAUCGACGACACCGAGAGCGACAUCCCCGUGCUCGUGGCCGUCAACGCGACCGGCGUCUACGUCAUCGACGACACCGAGAGCGACAUCCCCGUGCUCGUGGCCGUUAACGCGACCGGCGUCUACGUCAUCGACGACACCGAGAGCGACAUCCCCGUGCUCGUGGCCGUCAACGCGACCGGCGUCUACGUCAUCGACGACACCGAGAGCGACAUCCCCGUGCUCGUGGCCGUCAACGCGACCGGCGUCUACGUCAUCGACGACACCGAGAGCGUGAGUGUGACGUCACAGUGCAGGGCUCCUAGGGACACAUCGAGCAGCCAGAAGUCUCACCAGCCUGAUGACGCACGAUGA